CGCCGCGCGGUGCAGCCACGAUGGAAGGGGGUGCGUACGGAGCGGGCAAAGCCGGGGGCGCCUUCGACCCUUACACCCUGGUGCGGCAGCCACACACCAUCCUGCGUGUCGUGUCUUGGGUUUUCUCCAUUGUGGUCUUUGGCUCCAUCGUGAAUGAGGGCUACCUCAACAGCUCGGAGGAGGAGGAGGAGUUCUGCAUCUACAACCGGAACCCCAAUGCCUGCAGCUACGGCGUGACCGUGGGCGUGCUGGCGUUCCUCACCUGCCUGCUCUACCUGGCUCUGGACGUGUACUUCCCACAGAUCAGCAGUGUCAAGGAUCGCAAGAAGGCUGUGCUGUCUGACAUCGGUGUCUCGGCCUUCUGGGCCUUCUUCUGGUUCGUGGGUUUCUGCUUCCUGGCCAACCAGUGGCAAGUCUCCAAGGUCCAGGACAACCCUCUGAACGAAGGGACGGAUGCCGCCCGGGCCGCCAUCGCCUUCUCUUUCUUCUCCAUUUUCACUUGGAGCCUGACAGCAGCCCUGGCCGUCCGCAGACUCAAGGAGCUUACCUUCCAGGAGGACUACAACACACUGUUCCCCGCCUCAGCUCAGCCGUAGCCCCUGAAGGGCAGGGAGUCCAGGCCCCAGCAGGGCCAAGGUGCAGGAAUGGCCCAGGCUGGAGACGGCUGACCGCUAGGACAGGAAAGACAGGAUGAGGAUAGCUGGAGCAGUCAGCCAAGACUCAGCACUGGCUCACUCAUGCUGCAUCGCUUCCUCGGUUUAUUCUUUACGUUCACUCCUUCAGUAAACAUUUAUUGAGCAACUGUUUGGUGCCUGUGUGGAUUAGACUGGUUUGGUCCCUGAUCCCAGGAGCCUGUAGGCUGGGGAGGGAAAGAUAGCUGACCUUCCACAAAGUGGGGUGGCCUCUUAGAGGGUCUGUAGUGCCUCCCUGGAAGGGUCUGAGCCUGGACAGCGUGAUAACCUGUCUGCGACUGUGGUGUGAAAGGCCAGCAUACUGUCCCCCUGGGUGACUUCCUGCAGAGGGUGGCCUGGAAAGUUGGAGGACCUUUGGCCCAGAUCAGCUUUCCUGUGCUGUGUGACCGAGAGCAAAUUCUUGCACCUCUCUGAAUCUUGGUCAAUUUUCCUAGCUUGACUGAUAAUGAAUAAACUUCUUCAGGCAUCUGAGCAGGCUGAACAAGUGCCCGCACAGGCCUUGGCACAGGGAUGCUCAAUAAAUGUCAGUUCUGUCGUUCA